UACGAUCAGGUUGUUUGCGUCCUGCAAGGGGCACAAUUCCUGCCCUUGCCUUGUUAUUUUCGUGUAUUUUUUCCACAACAUAAGAAACCAUGUCGGCUGCUGUGGACCAGCGUACCUGCUGUGGUGGGGCGAAAUGUUUCUGCGGCAGAUUCAAGGCACUGUUUCGAGCCAACGACAUGACGUCAUCAUCUCACGUGCUGAGAGAACUCAUCGCUGAAUUCAUGGGAUCCGCCAUUCUGGUCUUGUUCGGAUGUGGUUCCGCCAUAACGCUGACAGACGACAAAACGGCCUCCGUCGUAUCCAUAGCAAUCGCCUACGGUCUCGCGGUCUCCACGGUGAUAUGGUGUUUCGAUCACGUCAGCGGCGCACAGGUCAACCCAGGCGUUUCCAUAGCAAUGUUUUGCACGCGCAAGAUGAGUCUGUUGAAGACGUUCCUCUACUGUAUGGUUCAGUGUAUGGGCGGAACUGCCGGAGCUGGGGUUCUGUUUGGGUUGACACCGGAGCCUGACCGCGGGACAUUAGGAGUGACAAGGGUUUCCUCGAAAAUAUCACCAUCACAGGCAUUCGGGGUGGAAUUUUUGGCCACAUUUGUCUUAGUUCUGGCUAUUUUCGCCUCGUAUGAUCGCCAAAGAGUCGACCAUGAGGGAUCCAGGUCUUUAAGUAUUGGACUCGUUAUUUCCAUGGAGGUACCUUGGGUGUUCCAGUACACGGGAGCCAGCAUGAACCCAGUACGAAGUCUCGGACCAGCUAUAGUGAUGGAAAUGUGGGAUAAACACUGGGUGUUCUGGCUUGGCCCAAUAUUGGGGGCUGUGGUAGCUGGUGUCCUGUACGACAACCUGUUCGCUGUGAAUGCGUCCAUAACCAAGACGAAGUCGUGCAUCACGUCCACCAACUACAACAACCACAGCGUCAACGACACAGAACUGGUCGCUCGACACAACACCAACCCCGUCGUUCGUGAGCCGCAGAGACUUCGUGCCAGCGACAGAACCGACAGAUCUGAAGACUGUGAAUGUUAAACAGGAACCCACAGGAUGAAUCAUUCAAUAAAAUCUAAAAAAAACCCAGAAGGAAGCAGCUAUAAUAACGGAAAAGAUGUUUUGACGUCUCGCUUCAGUGUUUUCUCAGUCACUAAAAUGUGUAAACUGUCAACACGUGGUCCAGUGUUUUGUCAAACAAGAACGAGCCCUACGCUCGACAAUGAAAGCAGAGAGCGCUUCGUGGAGCUGAAGGUCCAGUGAGCCUUGGAUGUGUUGAAAAGAUGCAUACCCGGACCACCUACAUGUACUGACAGUUUAAACGUGUCAACUCGUCAUGCAGGGAGUGCUUGCGGAUAAACCAAUGUACUAAAAGCUACAGUUGCCGAUUAGCAAUCUGUAAUAACUGGGCCGUAGCUAGCGGGGGGAUUGGGGAGGGAGGCAGACAAAAAUCCGGAAAAUAUAGAAACUUAAAGAAAAUUAUCUACUUAACCGUUUAAGGAGUUUUAGUUUAUUAACUACUCAGUUGCCACCCCCCCCCCCCCUCCCCCC